AUGGCAUCAGAUAUUAUAGUAGAAAACCCAAUAAGCAUAACAGAGUGGGUAGCAAUUAUAGUUCUAAUAGCUCUGGUUAUUUGUAUGUUUUUAUACUUCUGCGUGUGGGUAAUAAAAAAAAGAAAAGAAGAAAGAUUCAUGCAAAGAUUAAGUUCUUUAGAAAGAAGAGGAAAUAAUGCAGAUAACGCUUCUAUACAUAAUAUGUGCGAUUCAGAUCUGUCUAUAUACGAUCCUCCCCUAAGGAAUGGCCGGCCUACUGCACAGCUAAGACGUGAUUCACUUCCAUAG